UAGCUAGGGACACUCAGGGAUCCAGCAGGGUUCAGGGCCAUACCUGGCAGGCAAGGGGAACCAGGUGGGGACGAGGAGGCAGUGGAAUAGUCCCACUUUAAGCAAAGCCAAUAUGUAGAAAGCAGGUUUUUGUUGGCUUCACACACCUGGGCCCCUGUACCACCCAACCCCCCUGGGCAGUGUGUACAGGCUGCAGAGACUCCCAGGGCCUGCUUGCAGCAUGGUGCUGGGGUAGCAGACAAAUGGAACCUAAAAGUUGACGGUGGCGCAAAUAACCUAUUGCUCCUGAACAGAUCUCCCCUCACCCAGCAGGGCGGAUGUUGAAGCCACCAGCUCCCAGCUCACAGAACCAGUGUCUACUUCCUACAUGUUUAGGGACCAUGGGGGCUGGGGCCAGCGCUGAGGAGAAGCACUCAAGGGAGCUGGAAAAGAAGCUGAAAGAAGAUGCUGAGAAAGAUGCUCGAACCGUGAAACUGCUGCUUCUGGGUGCCGGUGAAUCCGGGAAGAGUACCAUUGUCAAGCAGAUGAAGAUUAUCCACCAGGACGGGUACUCACUGGAAGAGUGUCUCGAGUUCAUUGCCAUCAUCUAUGGCAACACGCUCCAGUCCAUCCUGGCCAUCGUGCGUGCCAUGACCACGCUCAACAUCCAGUACGGAGACUCUGCGCGCCAGGACGACGCCCGGAAGCUGAUGCACAUGGCAGACACCAUCGAGGAGGGUACGAUGCCCAAGGAGAUGUCAGAUAUCAUCCAGCGGCUGUGGAAGGACUCCGGCAUCCAGGCCUGUUUCGAGCGAGCCUCGGAGUACCAGCUCAACGACUCUGCUGGCUACUAUCUCUCAGACCUGGAGCGCCUGGUAACCCCGGGCUACGUGCCCACGGAACAGGAUGUGCUGCGCUCCCGUGUCAAGACCACGGGUAUCAUUGAGACGCAGUUCUCCUUCAAGGACCUCAACUUUCGGAUGUUCGAUGUGGGCGGGCAGCGCUCAGAGCGCAAGAAGUGGAUCCACUGCUUCGAGGGGGUGACCUGCAUCAUCUUCAUCGCGGCGCUGAGCGCCUACGACAUGGUGCUGGUGGAGGAUGACGAAGUGAACCGCAUGCACGAGAGCCUGCACCUGUUCAACAGUAUCUGCAACCACCGCUACUUCGCCACUACGUCCAUCGUGCUCUUCCUCAACAAGAAGGACGUCUUCUCGGAGAAGAUCAAAAAGGCGCACCUUAGUAUCUGCUUUCCGGACUACAACGGGCCCAACACGUAUGAGGACGCCGGCAAUUACAUCAAGGUGCAAUUCCUCGAGCUCAACAUGCGACGCGACGUGAAAGAGAUCUAUUCCCACAUGACAUGCGCCACCGACACGCAGAACGUCAAGUUUGUCUUCGACGCUGUCACCGACAUCAUCAUCAAGGAGAACCUCAAAGACUGCGGGCUCUUCUGAGGUGCCUGAGCUCAUGCGUCCCUAAGACCCUGCAGCCCUUGACACCUUGUAGCCCCAAUGCACAUGACCCUAUCAGUCCCCAGGACUCCUGGGCCCCAGCCUGUGGCCCCACCAGCCACACACUCAAAGCCCUAAAUCCUGCUAGCCUUGAGGCCGUAUAACCCUCCCUCGUGGCUCCCAGGAUUCCCAGGCCUCCGAGAGUCCAAUGCCCCCAGCCACCCCAGCACUGCCCUUCACGGCCUGGCUGCACUGGCCUCCCAGACCUACCACAGCCAGCCCCAGCUAGAAGCAAGCAGGACUUGGGGCAGCUACAGCUCACGGUGACUCAGCAGUACCCCCACUGACCAAUCUCCUGCCUCUCUUCUGCCCCAGGAGGCCCAUGACUCACCUGGUGAGUCUGGGUUCAGCAAACAGCCCUCCCUCCCAGAGCUUUAUGAAGGGCAGGGGCCAGGCAUGGAACCCUCCUCUGAGCAAGCCUGCUGCUUACCAUCAGCCCAGUCUAGCCUUACCACCCCCAUGUGUCAGGGUCUGAUGCCCAUCUGCCCAGUGGCCAGUGACUGCCCCACCCAGCAGAUUCAGGAGUCCAAAGUCCAAGCCAGCUCUGGCCUGUGCAGCUUGUAUGGAGACGACUUAGUGAGUCAGGGCAAGCCUGGGGGCUCCUGGUACCAGGAAGAGACUCAAGCUGGAAACUUCCCGGACCCUAACCCCUCCCCCCAGAGGCUCUGCCCACGCUGUCCUUGGAUACCAGAGUCAUGUCCCACUCCCCCCCACCCCACAGCACUCCAGGUCAGCCACUCUGUCGAGGGAGGGUACUGUUGACACCAGUUGUGGCCAAUGGUCAAACUGUCCUGAGGGGUGGCUGGGAGCAGAGUCCGGGUUCCAUCGAUCACCCCCAGGCAGAGGAUUUGAGACCGGAAGGAGGCCCAGAUUGUGCCCAGAGGGGUCUGCCUCAGGUAGGGUCAAAAGCAAACCCAUGUGACCCCCUUGUCCCUGCCAGCAGCUUCUCUCACCCUUCCCAUUCAGGGACCUGGUAGGAAAAAAAUAAAGCCAUGCCUGAACCAUCAGGGACAAAAGCCCAUGUCCCCUGACCCCUGCUCCCCACUUCCUCAUCAGUACCUAGUCCUUGCUGAAGCCCAUGGGCCGUAGCCCGUGCUGUAGUCAAGGGCAAGGAACAUCCCUCUAACAAGGCCAGGGCAUAGUUUGCACUCCCUUCAGCUAGAUACACAAACUUAGCAAUAAAUCUUUGCGUCAGGCCCUGGUUGUCCUUUCUUG